GGCGACUAUUCAGACUAAAAUGGCGUCGUUGGACUUUACUACAAUGAUGGAACAGUGUGAAUCACAGGAAUUAGAGAGUCCUGGUGGAGUGGCUACACCAGCUGUGUAUUCUAAACUUUUAGCACUGUAUUUACUCAAGAAUGACAUGACAAAUGCUAAAUUUCUCUGGAAGCGGAUUCCUCAACCUAUAAAAGUUGGUACUCCAGAGCUGAAUGAUAUCUGGAGGAUAGGACAGAAAAUGUGGUUAAGGGAGUUCCCGUCUGUGUACCAAUUACUUUCUCAAGACUGGUCAGAAGGUGUGAAGCCUAUUAUGCAAGCCGUAGCAG